GCCUCUGAUUGGCUACGGCCGGCUCUUAAAAGACGCGGCCAAUGGCUGCGAGCGCCAGAGGCCGGGGAGCAGGCGAGCAGCUGGCUGUCGGUCGGCUUCUCCGGCGCGGGUGGGAAUGGCUACCGGGCCCAGAGAGCAAGCGGCGGCGAAGUGCCCGGGUGGGUCGCGGCGGGCGGCGGCGGGGCUCGCCCUUUGUCUGCGCCCUUCCAAAAUGGCUGCGGCCAGGGCGGGCGGGCGGCGGCGGCAGCGCGGUGCUCCCGAGGCCCGGGCGACCGGCAGCGAGGAGCAGGAGUCCUGGCACGAAGGCGCUUUCGGGGCGGCUAGAGGUGUGCGCAGGACGCCGCGGGCUCGAGGUCUGCUCCUCUGACUUAUGGCCGUGGGUACGAGGACGGCGGAGAAACAAAUUCCAGACGGCAAAGCGCCUUGUUGGAACCUCGCUGCAACCUCGCAGGGUCAUCGCCACUUCUGAAGAGACCUGCCACAGUCGGCGCAGAUCCAGCACUGUGGAUGAGGGGUUUGACGUGGCAAAUGAUUUUUUUUUCUUUCCUGCCUUAAAAGAGACUCUUUCAGCAGUACACACCUGCAAUCCCAGCUCUUGGAAGAUGAAGGACAAGGAAUUCAACCUAUGUUAUAUGUUUAUUUGGAGGCCAGCCUGGGGCCUCAUGAGGCCCUAUUUCUGAAAGGUGGGGUGAGGACUCUUCUCUGAAAAGCAGAGUAUGGCUGAGCCCAUGUGCUGAUCCUGUCCUAAUCUCUCUGGCUUAUUAAUAACUGUAGUACAGCCCCUCCUUCCUCUCUAAGCCUCAGUGAACCUAAGGAACUGUGCACACGGAAGCCCAGGAACCGGGCACCCUCCUGCAAAGUGUGCUGGGGGGUCCUAACAGAAAUUCUGUUCUAAACAUUGGCCCCAGGUUGGGAAAGCCCGUAAAAAGAGGCAAACAAUGAGGAAGCAGGUUGGGUGCUACAAGCCAGUGUGGGCUUGUGUGCCCCCUCCAAGGAGUACCCGAGCUUGGCUUUGACUUGGCACCAGAGCAGAAGUUUAAAGUUGUGAAUGAAACCUAAGAGUCUUCUGGUGGCACAGGAGAGCAUACUCAGGGCCAAUACCAUGCUCGGUGGGCACAGUACUGCUGCGUGACAUGCUCCCAGCCCCAAAUCGGCAUUUUUAAAUGUUGAUGACUGGUUGGAAGAUUUUAAAGUAGAUCAAACCAUCAGCAGGUUCUUUGUAAUCCCACUGGUGUGUUGGUUAAUAGGAACCACCAGCUAGGUGUACAGCAAUCUGUACCCCAAAACCCUUAGUUGAGAGGGGAGUAAAACAAUGGUUGCCUAUUAAAAAAAAAAAGCCUAUAAAAAAGUCUGGAGCUCCCACCAAGGGCCUGUGUGACUGGCACUUCCAUCGCCACACCCCUACACUGCAUGUCCAUUUCUGCCACGGUUCUAAGCUCUUUCUUGAGGGUAAGCACGGUCAUCUCCAUAGAGCAGUGGCUUCUGCCCCUCUGAGGCCCACCAGGACUUCUCUGGUGUGGUCCCUAAUCUCUUCAAGAUGGACUCAGCCUCCUACUGUGCCUAAGCAUCUGCUGAUAGCACAGCCCCUGGGCUGCACCUAAGUUGCAGGUAUAGGGUUAAGGUGCCCAUAACACCUUAAUUCUUUGCUGAAGAGUCCAAUGCUAGAGCCACAGCUCAGGCGGCUGUUUUCCAGAGCACUGCCCCUAAGACUGAAGUGAAUGGAGGUAAAAACCAUGUGUCUCCUCCAAAUAUAUAUGCAAGGGGCAGCAGACACUGCCAGCCUCUUAACCAUUGUCACUCUGGAGACUAAAGGACAACCAUUCUUUCAAUGUCUCCAUUGACACUUUGCCAGAGGCCAUUACAACUUGCGUAGUUUGAAGCUGACAAUCCCAGAGCUAGCCUUAAAAGAGAAAUGGAAGAUUCAUUAAGACAAAUAAAAUUAUAAAACACCUUUA